AUGACUUCAGCACUUUAUUUAGAGCAUUAUCUAGAUAGUCUUCAGCAUUUACCCAUAGAAUUACAAAGAAAUUUUAAGCUAAUGCGAGAUCUAGACGAUAGAGCUCACGGACUAAUGAGGACGAUUGAUCUUAUGGCUGAUGAAUUGUUACCUAGUAUUCCAAAAAUGGACGAAGAAACGAAAAAAGAAAAAGUGAACACUAUUCAAGGACUCUUUAAUAAAGCAAAAGAAUAUGGGGACGACAAAGUUCAGCUUGCAAUUCAAACAUAUGAGCUAGUAGAUAAGCACAUACGGCGCCUUGACUCUGACCUCGCACGUUUUGAGUCCGAAAUACAAGAGAAAGUAAUGAGUUCUCGUGCUGCGCAACAGGCAGCGAGUGAGCAGGAAGUUACUCCGACGACUGUUAAAAAAGGUCGAAAGAAGAAUAAAAAUAGCGAUAAGUCCGUCUCGUCUACUGGUAAGAAAAAGCGAGCAGGUGCGUCGAGCGAAGACGAUGCUAUCGCCAGUGGUAGGUCUGCCGCGAAGAAAAAAGCGCAAAAGAAAGGCUCGGGAGCAUCAGCUAAUCCGACAAAAGAGCAGGAGGAAAGCGCUGACUUAGAUUCUGUGGCCGGUAUGACACACCCCAGUGAUGUGUUAGACAUGCCCGUGGAUCCUAAUGAACCCACAUAUUGUCUGUGUCAUCAAGUUUCCUACGGUGAGAUGAUAGGCUGUGACAACCCUGAUUGCCCUAUUGAAUGGUUCCACUUUGCGUGUGUAGACCUAAAAAUCAAGCCUAAAGGUAAAUGGUAUUGCCCGAAGUGCACUCAGGAUCGAAAAAAGAAAUGA